CAUCACUCCUCCCUCCUUCCGAGUUCUUCCCAUAGCAAGUCCGGCAUUGCAGGCGACGGUGCUCUAUAAUCAAGGUGCUGUUGUUGGGCUGCCUGCCUGCCGGUCCGCGGGAAGCAUCGUUCCCGUUGCGCUCAGAAGAAUACGCGCCUGUCUGUUGCCUUUUCUCCUCUCUGUCCCAGCCAUUCGGGACGUACUCACUGCUUCCCUCGCUGCUGACAGACGAGGAAGCAUCGAUUUGGGGGGAAGGAUGCAGCGGUGGUACCAACAUUAGCGUUAGCCUGUCGUUAGCCCGAGCUGUUAACCUUUAACUUCCACGGUUCCUGCUGCUCUUGUCUCCAUUGCUGCUGCUGCUGGUGGUGGUUGCCUACGUCUGUCCUCCAUCCUCCAUCCCCCACUCCCUUGCUCUUUUCUCGGUGUGGGUUAGUGUGGUAUGGACGCCCUCGCCGAUGCCCUGUUCAUGGAAGCGCACAGUUUCAUCGCCGUUGUCGCAGCUGUAGUCCGCUGGUGGUGACAACAACAUGCCUUUAAAAUGGAAAAGCGGUUCCCCCGUCAGCUGGAAAUUCCCAGUGCCCGUUCUUAAAACCUCCAGGUCCUCUCCGCUUUCGCCAGCCUACAUAUCCCUGGUGGAGGAUGACGACCCCCACAUGAAGGUGUCCCUGGGCUGUGGAGACGUGGGCAUCUCCGCCCACCUGCAGGCCUCCAAGACUGGCAACACACGUUUCUUCACCAGCAACACACACAGCUCCGUCGUCCUACAGGGUUUUGACCAGUUGAGGAUAGAGGGUCUGCUGUGUGACGUGACGCUGGUGGCGGGGGACGGGGACGAGGCCUUUCCAGUCCACAGAGCCAUGAUGGCCUCCUCCAGCGACUACUUCAAAGCAAUGUUUACAGGUGGUAUGAAGGAGCAGGAUCUGAUGUGUAUAAAGCUCCACGGCGUGAACCGGAUUGGUCUGAAGAAGAUCAUCGACUUCAUCUACACGGCCAAGCUCUCGCUCAACAUGGAGAACCUGCAGGACACGCUGGAGGCCGCCAGCUUCCUACAGAUCCUCCCCGUGCUCGACUUCUGCAAAGUCUUCCUCAUCUCCGGGGUGUCGUUGGACAACUGCGUGGAGGUGGGCCGCAUCGCCAACACCUACAACCUGACGGAGGUGGACAAGUACGUCAACAACUUCAUCCUCAAGAACUUCCCCUCGCUGCUGGCCACGGGGGAGUUCGUCAAGCUGCCGUUCGAGCGGCUGGCCUUCGUGCUUGCCAGCAACAGCCUGAAGCAGUGCAGCGAGCUGGACCUCUUCAAGGCCGCCUGCCGCUGGCUGCGAUACGAGGAGGGGAGCGGCGGCGGCGGAUCGGGCGCCCGCAUGGAGCACGCGGCGCGCCUCAUGCGCAACAUCCGCUUCCCCCUCAUGUCCCCCAGCGAGCUCAUCAACCACGUGCAGACGGUGGACUUCAUGCGCACCGACAACACCUGCGUCAACCUGCUGCUGGAGGCCAGCAACUACCAGAUGAUGCCCUACAUGCAGCCCGUCAUGCAGUCCGAGCGCACCGCCAUCCGCUCCGACUCCGCCCACCUGGUGACGCUCGGCGGCGUGCUGCGGCAGCAGCUGGUCGUCUCCAAGGAGCUGCGGCUGUUCGACGAGAAGGCGCACGAGUGGAAGGCGCUGGCGCCCAUGGACGCGCCGCGCUACCAGCACGGCAUCGCCGUCAUCGGCAACUUCCUGUACGUGGUGGGCGGCCAGAGCAACUACGACACCAAGGGCAAGACGGCGGUGGACACGGUGUUCCGCUACGACCCGCGCUACAACAAGUGGAUACAGGUGGCCUGCCUCAACGAGAAGAGGACCUUCUUCCAUCUGAGCGCGCUCAAGGGAUACCUGUACGCCGUCGGGGGCCGCAACGCCGCCGGAGAGCUCGCUACAGUUGAGUGCUAUAAUCCUCGUACUAAUGAGUGGACGUACGUGGCCAAGAUGAACGAGCCUCAUUAUGGCCACGCAGGAACCGUCUACGGAGGCCUCAUGUACAUCUCAGGGGGCAUAACGCACGACACCUUCCAGAAGGAGCUGAUGUGCUUCGACCCGGACUCGGACAAGUGGACGCAGAAGGCUCCCAUGACGACGGUGCGGGGCCUACACUGCAUGUGCACGGUGGCCGACCGCCUGUACGUGAUCGGCGGCAACCACUUCCGGGGCACGAGCGACUACGACGACGUGCUGACGUGCGAGUACUACAGCCCCUCGCUGGACCUGUGGACGCCCAUCGCCGCCAUGCUGCGCGGCCAGAGCGACGUCGGAGUCGCCGUCUUCGAGAACAAGAUCUUCGUGGUGGGCGGCUACUCGUGGAACAACCGGUGCAUGGUGGAGAUCGUGCAGCGCUACGACCCCGAGAAGGACGAGUGGCACAAGGUCUUCGACCUGCCCGAGUCGCUGGGCGGCAUCCGGGCGUGCACGCUCACCGUCUACCCGCCAGAGGACCUCCUGGCCGGCUCGCCAACACGGGAGUCCCCCCUCUCGGCUCCUUGAGGAUGGAGGGAGGGAGGGGGGAAAUAAAGACAAGAAAGACAGAGAGAGAGAUACUGACUGAACUUGACUGAUAGAGACAGACUUGAUGGAAGAGUGGCGCGCUAAAUGUUAUUGAAGGACUCAAGGUGAACACAAAGAGAUGGACAGAGUUGUGGCCCUCCUUCCUUCCUCUCCUUUUCUAACACCCCGUCACUCCCUCUCUCCCUCCUCUGCCCCCCCACCCCUCACUCCCCCCACUCUGGAUAUCAAUA